AAGUAACCUUCUCGGUUCAAUACUUCAAUUACAAGAAGGUUGUGGGUGAAGAUUUUGAAAUAACAACCGCAUUUAAUUUAAUUUUUAAAGUAUUUCCCCCUUUUUAUUUAAUUUUAAACUAUUAAACAAUAAUUAUGGCUACUAACGUUACAUCGGAAGUCAGGAUACCCGUCAACGGAAGAAUUCUGGCAGAAUACGUCGGAAAAAAAGUCACCAUAUUCGGCACCAUCCUACAGUACCUUUUUGAUACAUUUCAGACUAACAAAUCCGGCUUGUCGUUUAACAUUGAAACGACCGAUAAGAGACAGUUAACCGUAUCGCUCAGGAAGCCGUUAGUCGAGCCCGUGAGUGGGGUUGUGGAAGUGCAUGGGAUCGUUAAGGCAAAAGACCACAUUGUAUGUGACUAUUAUAUUGCUUUUCCUGGCGACAUAUCUGAAUCUUUUGAUAAUGAGUUGGUAAACCAAACUGUUUCGAUUAUACACAGCACUUCUAAUGCCUGGAAGGAUGCCGCUAAAGCUGAAUCUGUUUAUUAAAUUUUUUAUGUAUGUAUUUGUUAAUUUGUCAUGUCUGAUUAAAAUGUUAGCCUUUUAUACCUGAUCAAUAUAAAUUUAUUCAUAUUUUUU